AUGGCCGGCGACGAUGAACAACCACCAUUGCCGCCACCUAAAAGGGAGAUGAAUUCACCUUUUUUUCUCCGUACAGGAGACCGACCAGGCGACUUCAUCACUCCCACUCGCUUACGCGGCGACAAUUACGAUGAUUGGGCUUCCGAUAUUCAGUUGGCAUUGGAGGCACGCCGCAAGUUCGAAUUUUUGGAAGACACUAUCACCGGACCACAACCUCCAUAUACCCAAUCUGAUUGGAACACCGUCAAUGCAAUGUUGGUUUCUUGGAUUACAAACACAAUCGAUCCCGAGUUAAAGACUUCAAUUGCUAAGUGUGAGCAACCGAAAUCUAUGUCUGUUACAACUUACUAUAGCAAAUUGAAUGUAUUAUGGGAGGAAUUAUUUAAGCAUGAAUCGCUAAUUUCUUGCACUUGUUGUUCGUCUUGUACUGCCGCAUCAUUGCACCAAGCAAGACGUGAACAAGGAAAAUUACAUGACUUCUUGAUGGGACUCAACACUGAUCUGUACGCUCAAUUACGAACCAAUAUCCUUUCUCAAGAUCCCUUGCCUUCGCUUGAUCGAGCGUACCAACUGGUGAUACAAGAUGAGCGUGUGCGGCUCGCCAAGGCAGUCACAGAAGACAAGCCCGCAGAGGUCCUUGGCUUCGUUGUCCGUACAGGUGCUGGAAGAGGACGAGGAAAAACGGAGAGGCCUAUGUGUAGCCACUGCAAGAAGACGGGGCAUGAGACUUCAACUUGUUGGUCUCUCGUUGCUUGUCCUCACUGUCACAAGCAUGGCCAUGACAAAAAUAAUUGUUAUGAAAUAGUGGGUUAUCCUGAGGGGUGGUUGGAUCAAAACAAGGCUGAUGGGGGUGCUGGACGUAGUCGUCAGCAGGCUGGUCGUGGGCGUGGUUCAGCUCGUGCUAACGCGGCAAGUAGCACAGUUGGAGCAUCCUCUACUAAAAGUUCUACCGAUCAACUCUUCACACCCGAACAAUGGAAAGCUCUUGCGGGCUUAAUUGGUAAUGCUCAAGUUCCGGAUAACAGGUUGAAUGGUAAGUUUGACACGAAGUCAUGGAUCAUUGACACCGGGGCAACUCAUCACGUGACCGGUGAUUUAUCUUGGUUAUUUGAUACUAUAGCGUUGUUUGAGUGUCCGGUUGGCCUUCCUAAUGGUGAAUCUGUUGUUGCGACCCAAUCCGGUUCCGUUCGUUUGUCGAAUACCAUCACUCUUAAAAACGUUCUUUAUGUGCCGAAACUCAAUUGCAAUUUACUUUCGGACCACACCAGGGAGCUGAUUGGAACGGGAGUUAGGCGAGAUGGACUUUACUACUUCGGUGGAGCUGAAGGUGAUUCGGUACAACAUGUUUCUGUCCACAACGCAGUAUCCACUUUGGAGUUGUGGCACAAAAGGAUGGGACAUCCUUCAGAGAAAGUAGUGAAGUUACUUCCUCCAGAUGUUUUUCCGUUUGGUAACCCGGGUGCUGUGAAUAUUGUUCCGGAAAACAUUGUGCCUACGGUAAAUGUUGAAAUUGAUAGUGAUUUUGCUGAUUUUGUCGAUGAUGAUGCUGAUUUGCCUAACCCACAAGCCCAAACACAAAAUCCCAACCUCAUCCAACAUGAACCCCAAGCCCACCAAGAUCAGGUGCCCCAUUUUGAUGCUGAUCUAGAUCUGGGCUUGAGGGAGGGUGGGCCGGCCCACACCGAGGCUUCUUCAGCGCCUCUUUCACCUGGGCCGGAAGCUGUUCCCACUGUUGGGCUUGAUUCACUUGGGCUUGACAAUACAAGCAAUGGGCAAUUUUGUUACUCAUACGGUGGUUGCUGA